AUGGCGAACGAGAAGACCGAAUCGCCCGUUACCCCAAUUGAGAUUGGGAAGACACAGGGCGUGUUGACUGAUGAGAAGAUUCCAACCGACUACCAAGCACAAGAGCUGCAUCGCUUGGACUCCGAGGAGCAUGCCUUCGAGUCUCAACUCAAUGUCACCGAGGAUGAUCUCGUCGAGGCAAAGGCCAUCGCCGCCACCCUCUCUCUGGAGGGCGUGCGCAAGAUGAUGCAGAAUGUGCUCAAGAUCCACGACCGUGACCCAAACUUCCCUCACAGCGUUCUCAUCAAGAUUCACGAGUUUCUCGACAAUGAUGAUGUUAUCGAGAACCCUGAGAAGCAUGAGGAGAUCAUUUGGGAGAUGAAGCUGGAGGCUGCCUUGAUCACCAACAACAGCCCGUACGCCGAGGUGCGAGCCGUCGUCGACAACAAGGACGAUCCGUCCAUGCCCUGUGGCACGAUUCGGGCCUGGACCAUUGGCGUCUUCUUCUCCGUCUUCCUUGCUUUCAUCAACCAGCUCUUCAGUGUGCGCCAACCGCUGAUCUCUAUCGAAUCCAACGUCGCCCAGCUCUUGGCCUUCCCCAUCGGCAAGGCGUGGGAAAAGUGGAUGCCAAACGCCAUGAUCCCCCUCGGCUUCGGCAUCAAGCUGCCGCUCAACCCAGGCCGCUUCAACAAGAAGGAGCACAUGCUCAUCGCAAUCAUGGCCAACACAGCCAAGUCCUUGCCUUACACUCAGUACAUUGUCUGGACCCAGGUUCUUCCCCAGUACUUCAAUCAGCCGUACGCCAAGAGCUUUGCCUAUCAGAUCCUGAUCGCGCUAUCCACCAACUUUAUUGGAUACGGUCUUGCUGGCCUCACUCGCCGAUUCAUCGUUUACCCCUCCUACUGCGUAUGGCCCGCCUCCCUCGUCACGAUUGCUCUCAACUCCGCACUCCACAACGAGACAAACACCUCCGUACCGGGCCCGUUCAAAAAGCUGUACUCAAUGACCCGCUACAAGUUCUUCCUCUGGUCCUUCGGCGCCAUGUUUAUUUACUUCUGGUUCCCCAACUACCUCUUCGAGGUCCUGACCUUCUUCAGCUGGAUGACAUGGAUCGCACCCAACAACCACAACCUCGAGAUCACGACCGGCUUCCGCAACGGCUUGGGAAUGUUCAACUUCUGGCCCACCUUUGACUGGAACGUGAUGCUCUUCGACAGCGUUGACCCCCUCAUGGUGCCCGCCUUCUCGACCUUCAACCGUACGCUGGGCAUGUGGCUGCUCGGAUUUGUGAUUAUGGGUAUCUACUACACCAACGCCUGGAACACGGCCUACAUCCCCAUCAAUUCCAACCGCGUCUUCGACCACUUUGGUGAGCUCUACAAUGUAUCGAGAGCGCUCGACGACCGUGGAAUGUACGACCAUGAGAAGUACAUGGACUACUCAGCUGCGUACCUUGGUGCUGCCAAUACCUUGGUCUAUGGCUCCUUCUUCGCCCUGUACAGCGCCGCCAUCACCCACGUUUGCAUUUUCCACCGCUACGAAAUCAUGAUGGGUUUCAAGAACAUGUGGAACACCAUUCGCCGUCGCAAGACUACCAAGGAGGGCGAGAACGACGGAGAGUACAAGGAUAUCCACAACCGCCUGAUGGCCAACUAUGCUGAAGUUUCCGAAUGGUGGUAUCUUGGCACCCUUCUGGUUGCUGCGGCGUUCGGCUUUGCUGGUGUCGCUGGCUGGCCUACUUACACGACCCCUGGUGUAGUUCCCUAUGGUGUCUUCUUGGCCGUAGUCUUCGUCAUCCCCAUCGGUAUUAUCAAGGCCAUGACUGGUAUCGAGGUUACGUUGAAUGUCUUGGCCGAGUUUAUCGGUGGCAUGUGGGUUGAGGGUAACGCUCUGGCCAUGAACUUCUUCAAGUCCUUCGGAUACGUCACAUGCGCUCACGCCGUCCACUUCGCCAACGACUUGAAGGUCGCGCACUACCUCAAGAUCCCUCCCAGACAAACCUUUGCCUGCCAGAUGAUCGCCACCCUCAUCUCGACCUUCAUCUGCACCGCCGUCAUCAACUUCCAAAUCAGCAUCCCCAACAUCUGCACCCCGCAGGCGCCGAUGCGUCUCUUCUGCCCCGGCCCCAACACCUUCUUCACCGCCGCCGUCCUCUGGGGCACCAUCGGCCCGAUCAAGGUCUUUGGUCACCAGGGCCAGUACAACUACCUGCUGCUCGGCUUCCCCGUCGGCAUCGCCCUGCCCAUCAUCUUCUACUACUGCGUCAAGUUCUUCCCCAAGAACCGCUACCUCCGCCAGUUCCACCCCGUCGCCCUCUUCUACGGAGGCAUCAACUGGGCCCCCUACAGCUUCUCGUACGCGUGGCCCGCGGUCCCCAUCGCGUGGCUGUCGUGGAUCUACGUCCGCAGCCGGUACCUCGCCUUCUGGUCUAAGUACAACUUUGUGCUUUCGGCCUCCUUCUCCGCCGGCAUCGCCAUCGCCGGCAUCAUCAUGCUCUUCACCGUCCAGUGGUUCGGCGCCGAGGUUCCCUGGUGGGGUAACGAACAGAUCGGCGCUGGAUGCGAGGGUUCCGCGUGUACCCUCAAGACCCUCGCCGAGGGCGAACGCUUCUACCCCUGGUGGAACCCCUCCCAGGUCCCUGCUCCCUAA